GUGCCAAGAGGAGUGUGUGGUUGCGUGUAACGUGUGCAUGAGUGUGUGGUUGCGUGUAACGUGUGCAUGAGUGUGUGGUUGCGUGUAACGUGUGCAUGAGUGUGUGGUUGCGUGUAACGUGUGCAUGAGUGUGUGGUUGCGUGUAACGUGUGCAUGAGUGUGUGGUUGCGUGUAACGUGUGCAUGAGUGUGUGGUUGCGUGUAACGUGUGCAUGAGUAUGUGGUUGCGUGUAACGUGUGCAUGAGUGUGUGGUUGCGUGUAACGUGUGCAUGAGUGUGUGGUUGCGUGUAACGUGUGCAUGAGUGUGUGGUUGCGUGCGUGAGCCUGUCUGCCCCUUCCUCGCGUCCUCCUCUUCUCUUCCGCCGCCUCUUUCUCUCUCUCUCUCUCUCUGGGUUGCAAUAAAGUUCUCUCCGGGUGGGAAGGAAGGCAGCAUCUCUUGAUCUGGCGAAGGGGUUUUUCCCCUCCCUUUCUCCUAUUCUCCCCCUCCCGUACUUACUGCUGGAUCUCUCCUUUAUCAUUUCGGUAAAGAAUACACCGACGCGCAAGGCCAGCCCACGUUCCCACCCUCUUUACGCAGCGAGACGGGGCUCCGGGUUUCCUCGCCCAACGCGCCUCAUUCACACAGCGCGGAGCACCGGCGAGGGAGGCACGGAGAUCGAGAGCAAGAGCAGAGAGAGAAAGAGAAAUAGAGAGAGAGCUCUCUCCUCCUGGCCGCCUUCCUCUCCUCCACCCCUGCCUUCCCCUCCUUCCUUCCUUCCCUCCCUCCUUCCUUUCCAUCCCUCUCUCUCUCUCUCUGAACGUGUGAGCAGGAAAGCUUAUAAAAGCCUGAUGUAAUCCUUAAUGCAGCCUCCGGCUACACACAGACCCGCGUCCAGUGACAACUGCGAGCAGAAGGAGGAGGAGAAAGAAAAGCCGGAACUGGGGAGAGGGAAAAGGGAAAAAGGGAUUUUGAUUUUUGACAAAUAUUGGAUGGAUCUCGGGGAGAAUCAUUCCCGGCUGAAGCUUCUUCUGCCUCACUUUGCCUCCUGGAUCUAAUUCUUGCUGGGUCUCGACGGGCUUCUCUGCCUCCUUCCUUGUCUUUCGCUCAAGAGCCUUGACUUCUCCUCUCAUCAGCCCCCCUAUGUCACCCCACAUUUUUGCUUCUCCAACCCAACACCGAGAGAGCCAAGGUUAGGACGCCUGUCUUCGGGAAGCAUUCGGGGACAAAGUUUGCCUUCCCUGCCUGCGUGUCUUCAUCUUCUCCUUCUUUCCCAGCGUGGGAGAAAAAGCAAGAGGCUUGACCCCCUCCUUUUCCCCCCAAAAUCCGCUCGGACUCCCUUCGCCAAUGGCCAUUUUCUUACUUCUGGGUUUGUGGAUGGUUUCCAUUUGGAAUUGGAUCCAACUGGGGGAAAGGAGAUAAUUCACCGGAGGCGCUGAAAGGUGUUCCUUGCCCGAGCCACAAGGAGGAGCCUGAAGCCACAGAUGAUGAGAAGAAGGCUGGAUUAAUCUCAAGGAGAGCCUAGAGUGAGAUCUCUCUUUUCCACCCUCUUGUUAUGUCCAAGAUCUGCACCUUACCUGGCCAUUACUUUGAGCUCCAAAGGACCAGGGACCUAGGAUGAGGAGAAGCGCUGGAUAUUCCUUGAACCUGCUUUUGUUAUUGCCACUUUUCUUUGCGUGGACGGCAGUGGCCCUGGACUUGGGGCAAUCUUCAUGCACGACAUUGGUCCAGGGCAAAUUCUUUGGGUAUUUCUCCUCGUUUGCUGUCUUCCCGUUGAACACUUCUCAUUGCUCUUGGAUUAUCCAGAAUCCUGACCCAAGGAGGUAUACUUUGUACAUGAAGGUCUUGAAGCCCGCCGGGGUGUGUGACCACCAGCUCAUACGCACAUACCAGUUUGACUCGUUCUUGGAGUCAACACGGACGUACCUGGGCAUGGAGAGCUUCGAUGAUGUGCUGAACCUUUGCGACAGCUCCACCCGCUAUGCCUUCCUCCAGUCCAACAAGCAAUUCCUCCAGAUGAAGCAGAUGGGGUCCCCCUUAGAAAGUGGUCCUGUCCGGUGGAAGCCCUACAAAGUUCAGGAGAGAGAUUUCUCUGUGGAAUACCUGGUGGUGGGCAACCGGAGUCCAAGCAAAGCUGCCUGCCAGAUGCUGUGCAAAUGGCUGGAUACUUGUUUGACCACCAGCAGCAGCUCCCACCCAUGUGGCAUCAUGCAAACGCCAUGUUCCUGCUCCAGCGGGGAGGCAUUGGAUCAGCCCAGCGAGAUCCUUGGGAUAACCAAAAAGAAGGACGGUUGUUUCAAGGGUGGGAUUUACUUGGAGAACUGCUUGAGCAGCCCCAAAGACAGCAGCGGGCAGGAUUUACUGGGUGGAUGGAACCCUUGGUCGAUGUGGGGAGAAUGCACCAGGGACUGUGGGGGUGGCCUCCAGACUCGAACCCGGACCUGUCAACCCCUUCCGGAAGAUGGCCUCAUCUGUGAAGGAGUCUUAGAAGAAGGGAGACUCUGCAACCGGAAAGCUUGUAACCCGAACGGACAUUACAAUUCCCGGAGCCAAUCCCUGAGGUCUACCGACAACCGGAAGCGAGACGAUAUGGAUGAGUUCCAACAGUAUGGGUACCCUGCUCCACAAAUAGGUGAUCCAGCUGCUGAGGAGUGGUCCCCCUGGAGCGUGUGUUCGACCACCUGUGGGGAGGGCUGGCAGACCCGGACACGAUUCUGCGUCUCGUAUUCCUACAGCACACAAUGCAGUGGGCCUCUUCGGGAGCAACGGCAAUGCAACAACUCAGCUGUCUGUCCAGUACAUGGGGCAUGGGACGAGUGGUCACCAUGGAGCUUGUGUUCAUCAACCUGUGGACGAGGAUACAGGGACCGCACCCGGACCUGCAAACCUCCUCAGUUCGGCGGAAACCCUUGUGAGGGACCUGAGAAGCAAACCAAGUUCUGUAAUAUUGCACUUUGCCCAGGCCACUCAGUGGACGGCAACUGGAACGAGUGGUCCAGUUGGAGCUCCUGUUCCACCAGUUGCUCCAACGGGACCCAGCAGCGGACGAGAGAGUGCAACGGACCGUCUUACGGGGGAGCCGAGUGCCAAGGACACUGGGUGGAGACACGAGACUGCUUCCUUCGACAAUGCCCAGUGGAUGGAAAGUGGCAAGUCUGGGGUCCAUGGGGGAGCUGCACUGCCACGUGUGGAGGUGGGACACAGAAGCGAGAUCGGUCAUGCUACGGUCCUUUCUUUGGAGGAAGCGUGUGUCAAGGCACCAGAGAGGAGUUCAAGCAAUGCAAUGAGAAAAGAUGUCCAGAGCCCCAUGAGAUCUGUGAUGAAGAUAGCUUUGCUUCUGUGAUUUGGAAGGAGACUCCUGCUGGAGAUGCUGCAGCUGUUCGAUGUCCCCGUAAUGCCACAGGGCUGAUCUUGCGGCGGUGUUUGCUCGAUGAAGAAGGUAUUGCCUACUGGACAAUUCCAACUUAUGUCAAAUGUGUUUCCAUUGACUACAGGAACAUACAGAUGAUGACAAGGGAGCAUCUUUCAAAAGCCCAGAGGGGUCUGAUAGGAGACGGAAUAUCAGAGGUCUUGCAAAACCUGGUCGAGAUAUCUCAGGAUGGAACCAGCUACAGUGGAGAUCUUCUUUCAACCUUCGAUGUCCUGAGGAACAUGACUGAGAUCUUCCGCAGGGCCUAUUAUAGCCCAAACCCCAGUGAUGUUCAGAACUUUGUGCAAGUAAUUAGCAACAUACUGACUGAGGACAACCGGGACAAGUGGGAAGAGGCUCAACUGAUGGGACCAAAUGCCAAGGAACUCUUUAGGCUGGUGGAAGACUUCAUUGACGUCAUUGGCUUCCGUAUGAAAGAUUUCCAGGAUUCCUAUCAAGUGACUGAAAAUCUGGUCCUCAGCAUCCAGAAGCUCCCUGCCAAUGCAGCCAAAGACAUUAGCUUCCCUAUGAAAGGCUGGCGAGGCAUGGUGGAUUGGGCCCGCACGGCCGAGGACAAGGUCACGGUGUCCAAAAGCAUCCUCUCCACGGGGGUUUCAGAGACAGACGACUCUGCCGUCUUUGUGGUGGGGACAGUCCUGUACCGAAAUCUGGGUGGGAUCCUUGCCCUCCAAAGGAACACCACAGUGCUUAAUUCUAGAGUCCUCUCCGUGACGGUGAAACCAGCUCCCCGAUCCCUGCUCACGCCAAUGGAAAUUGAAUUCUCCCACCUGUACAAUGGAACGACCAACCAGACGUGUAUCCUCUGGGAUGAAGCUGAUGUACCCUCCUCCUCCACCACCAUCACCUCCUCCUCCUCCUCCUCCUCCUUCUCCUCGUCUCAGCUUGGUGCCUGGUCCUGGCGUGGCUGCCGAACAGUCCCGGUCGAUCCUUUCCGAACUAAAUGCCUCUGUGACAGAAUCUCUACCUUCGCCAUCUUAGCCCAGCUCAGUGCUGAAAUGAAUUCAGAAAAAGUGCUCGUUCCUUCGGUCACCUUAAUUGUUGGCUGUGGGGUGUCUUCCUUGACACUUUUGCUCUUGAUCAUCAUAUACAUCUCAGUCUGGAGGUACAUCCGUUCGGAGCGUUCAGUCAUCCUUAUCAACUUCUGCCUUUCUAUCAUAUCAUCCAAUGCUCUCAUUCUUAUUGGGCAAACCCAGACCCGGAAUAAGGUGAUAUGCACCUUGGUGGCAGCCUUCCUGCACUUUUUCUUCCUCUCCUCCUUCUGUUGGGUUCUGACGGAGGCCUGGCAAUCCUAUAUGGCUGUCACUGGCCGGUUACGCAACCGCAUCAUCCGAAAACGCUUCCUGUGUCUUGGAUGGGGCUUGCCUGCCUUGGUGGUGGCCAUCUCUGUGGGAUUCACUAAAGCCAAGGGAUACAGCACCAUGAACUACUGUUGGCUCUCUUUGGAAGGCGGCCUGCUGUAUGCCUUCGUGGGACCUGCAGCGGCUGUCGUUUUGGUGAACAUGGUUAUUGGUAUUCUGGUGUUUAACAAACUUGUAUCCAAAGAUGGAAUAACAGAUAAGAAACUGAAGGAACGGGCAGGUCAGAUGGCAGUGCCCCUUUACGGCAUCACGCUCAAAUGUUCCAAGUGUGGAGUGGUGUCUUCCGGUGAAGUUUCGGCCACAGCCACCAGUAACGCCAUGGCAUCCCUGUGGAGCUCCUGCGUGGUCCUUCCUCUCCUUGCUCUGACCUGGAUGUCAGCCGUGCUGGCCAUCACUGACCGCCGGUCCGCGCUCUUCCAGAUCCUCUUUGCAGUCUUUGACUCCUUGGAGGGCUUUGUCAUUGUCAUGGUCCACUGCAUCCUGAGAAGAGAGGUGCAGGAUGCUGUGAAAUGUCGAGUGGUGGACCGUCAAGAAGAAGGGAAUGGUGAUUCUGGAGGAUCAUUUCAGAACGGACAUGCCCAGCUCAUGACUGAUUUCGAGAAAGACGUGGACAUGGCUUGUAGAUCAGGUGAGCACAUAACAGUGCUCAAUAAAGACAUCGGCACCUGCCGCACCAUGACCAUUACGGGGACUCUGAAGCGUCCUUCUCUGCAGGAUGAGGAGAAGCUGAAGCUGAACCAGCAGAAGGGUUCAUCAAACUUUAACAGUCUUCCAGCCAACGUCUCCAAGAUGCACCUCCAAGGGUCCCCACAUUACCUGGGGGCCAUCAACCUCAACGACUUCAGCAAUCACACCCUGACUUUGAAGAAGGACAAGAGCCAGCCUCCCAAGUCCAUCUACAUCUGUGAUGGAGAUAUCUUCAAAAAGCUGGACUCGGAGCUUUCCCGGGCGCAAGACCAAGCCAUAGACACCAGCUAUGUCAUCCUGCCCAGCAACACCUCCACCUUGCGGCCUAAGCCACCUCCGCCGCCUCCGCCGCCCAAGGACGAUACAAAAUACAGCAUCAACAUAGACCAGAUGCCUCAAACGAGGCUCAUCCACCUCAGCAUGGCCACAGACCCAGGCUUUGUUGUCAAGAGCCCCCCAAGGGAACCUGUGGGGAUGAGCUGUGGGGAGAUUCAGGCUUCCCCGCUGAUGCAGCAGCAGCAACACCAGUUGUCACCUCCUCUGGUUAACAAAUCUGGUGACUCAAAAAUGCCAAACAGCUUGUGUGACACAGGCGAGUCUGGUCAUCCUGGAAUGAUGCCCAAGGGUGAGAACAUCGCUACCCUUUCCAUGAGUUCUCUUGAGAGGCGGAAAUCCCGGUAUGCAGAACUAGAUUUUGAGAAAAUCAUGCACACGAGAAAACGUCACCAAGACAUGUUUCAGGACUUGAACCGGAAACUUCAGCAUGCAGAAAAAGAUAAGGAAUCUCCAACAAUAGAUAGCAAGGCUAUAAAACGGUGGAGUGUUUCCUCGGGUGGAAGUGAUAAAACUAACGCUAGCCAAGAAAAACAGCAGACGCCAAACAAGAGACCCUGGGAAGGAAUCCGGAAGGUCCACUCGCCCCCGGCGUGGGUUAAAAAGGACAUGGAGCCUAUUUCCCCGUCUCCUUUGGAACUCAAAACUGUCGAGUGGGAAAAGGCAGGGGCCACCAUCCCUCUGGUGGGACAGGACAUCAUUGACCUCCAGACAGAAGUCUGAGAAGGCUAAGAGGAGAAAGACUCUGAGGGCGCCUGUCCGUUCCCCCUGCCAGGAAACAACACAAAAACCGACAACAACAACGUACAAGCCGAUAAGAUGUUUUUUAUAUAUUAAAAAAAGAACCAAUUAAAUGGAAUCAAAGUGGAACGAGAAAAGUCUGUUGGUUUCUUUGCGAAACCCUUGGGUUGAAGAGGAAGGAUAUCCGGAGUAACCUUUGUAUUGUUCUCUGCAGACAGAAUUGGGGGGAAUCUAUUACUUUGUAGAACAUAGUAGCAGUAGGUGCAGAAUGUAAUACGGUCUUUCCCAGGUAAGGAAGGAAGGAAGGUAGGAGAAAGGAAGCAGGCCGAGGGGAAGGAAGGAAGUGGGGGGAUGGGGAGGAUCCACGUUUUUCGAACAUGACCUCAGCCUCCAGUUCUCAGUAGUGAAGGGGUGGCUAAAGGUUGUUUUGAUAGAGAUCAGUAGCAAGGGGCGUCAGGAGUGAAGGAACCUACAACCAGAAGGAAGGAACCAAGCAGCGAAAGACCACUGUUCCUCUGGAGAAGGCCAACAGGCAGUUGGUUCUUGGGAUGUUAAUGGGAGGACAUGAAAGAUGCCCAUCUGCCUUCCAUCCCCUUGAAGCUAUCAGAAAGGAAUCUGAAGAAAAUCUAGGAAAGUGUUCCUGGUGGCUGGAUUUCUCUAGCAGUUCUCCAGGAGUAACGUCAGCGAGGCGGGAGAGCAAGUCCUGAGGAGUAACUCCAAAAACGUCUUCUUCCAUACUGGAUUUUCAGAACUCUUUGAGGAUCAGAGCAGCAACGGUGUCAGAACCGCGAGUGUGAUGUGUGAACCAUUGGCGGGAGCUUUUCUUAAGACAAUUGGGUUCCAUUCAACCUUUCUCCAGAGACACACACACACAAUGAAAAGGACAACAAACAUUACUGGGUAAGGGAGGGGUUUUUAUAAAAAUAAAAGCAAAAGCAAACCAUGAACUAAAAAGAAUGUAGGUCAUUAUACUGACUGUUAGUAGAUCCUAGACAAAGCUAACGGUGGGCCUUUGUACAAAAAGGGUCACGUGGCCUCAUCCCCCUCCUUUUAUUUUCAAAAGACUCAACAGUGACCCCUCCUCGUCCACUUUCUCAAAGUGGAUGCUACCUGGUUAACAGACCAGAAACAUUGAGGACAUGGAGAACAUUGCCUUAGGACUUUGAGACAAACUGGACAAAAAAAAUAAACAUUGAGUAACAUCUACUUGGGGAAAAAUCUAUUUUUUUCUUGUUUUUCUUUUCUUCUUUUUCUUUUCUUCAAUAAAAAGACAACUUGAAACCCAA